AUGCAAAUAGCAGAAAUGACGAAGAAUAUCGGAUGUCUGGAAGAGUUGAACCUGGACAUGAAUCCAAACGCCCAGGAAAAUUAUCAUCUACUUUGCACACCUGCUGGAAGCUUGCAAUACUUGUCUCUGAGACUUUGCAACAUCACCGACGAAGGAGUAGAGAAGAUCGCAAAGGAAUUGCGUUACCAGGAUCCACCGAAUAAUCCUAAACUAAUCAUUCUGAACUUAGCACACAAUCAUGUGACGAAGGAUGGAGCGUUUCACGUUGCUCGAAUGCUUCGGACAAACAGGUCUCUGAGAUGUCUGGUUUUACUUGGGAACAGAAUAUGCGACGAGGGAGCAUCGUUGAUACUACAGGAGCUUAGAAUGUAUCCAUAA